CAGUUGCGAUCUUUGGCUGCAGGUCGCAGUAGCGGCAUGAGAGAAACAACUGAAACAGGUUGUGUGACAGGAAUCAAACCCACAACUGUCGCACAGAAGGACAUCCUCAGAGAGAUACUUCAAACUUCUCACUGUGGAUUAUUUUCUUCUUCAUAUCAGCUUGUGCAGCGAUGAAGGAGCAGAACUUUAAAGAGGAGGUGAGGAAGAUCAUGGAGGAGGCACCAAGUGCUCGGAAGGCUCUGCUGGAAAACUAUGACAACCUGCUAAACGUGGCCGACUACUGCCAGAACAACUACAUAAAGUCAGGUGAUGGCAACAUGAAGGCGCUGGAGGAAACGAAGAAUUUCACUACCCAGUCACUGGCCAGCGUCGCCUACCAGAUCAGCACUCUGGCCAGUAACGUACUGAGUCUGCUUGACGCUCAGACCAAUCAGCUGUGUCACAUGGAGUCAUCCAUCAACCUCAUUGGUCAGACAGUUGAGAUGCACAAAGAGAAAGUUGCUCGGAGAGAAAUCGGCGUCUUCACAGCGGUGAGACGAGUUCCACGCACUCACAAGAUCCUGCCUCCUUCCCAACCUCCUGCAGGCACACAGCCCCGCCCACCUUACAGCCGUCGACCAAUCAACUACCAGCAGCUGGACAGCCUGGGACACGGCGUGAAGGUCUCUGGGAAACAGUCGGACCGAACAGGAACCAUCCGGAAACACGGAGCCUCCACCAAGUCCAACAAAUCCUUGGAGCCGGUUCAGUGCCCUGUGGCGCCCCCAGUCAGCGGCUCCAGUUUUGGGAAACCUGUUGCUCCGCCAGCCACCCCCCCCACCUGCCAAACUCAACCCGAGUGUGACAUCAUCCCAACCUCACUGGAAGAUGCCCCUCCCCCUCCUCCUCCUCCUCCUCCUCCUCCAACAGCAAAUGGGAUGCCAGCUCUGGAUGAUGAGGUCACUAACACCUCUGUACCCCCACCUCCACCGCCCCCACCCGAUUCAUUAGGAGAAAUGUCGGCUCUGCCCCCUCCACCUCCUCCACCUGAUUCAACGGGCGCAAUGUCGGCACCAGUAGCUCCGCCCCCUCCUCCUCCUCCUCCUCCUCCACCUGCUCCUACAGGUGCAAUGGUGGCGCCUAUAGCUCCUCCCCCUCCUCCAGCCCCAGAGAAUCAAAGCAGUCACAGUACUCUGUCUCUGGCUCCGCCCCUUUCUCCCCUGCUGAGUCUGGAGACAGUGUUGGAGGAGAGCAACCUCCCACCUCCAUCUCUUCUCCCUCCCCCACCUGAUGAUGAAAGCUUUGCUAUGCUUCCCAUUGACGGCUCAGAACUGCCAGCUCCGCCUCCUCCACCUCCACCCAGCCAGGACAUAGACGUGACCCUCCCCUCCAGGAGGAGUCGCCGCCGCCGCUCCCCCCCUACAACUCGUUCUCUCUCUAUGAGGGUCCGCUCUGGCCCCGCCUCCCGCUGCCGCUACACUCGCUCUCUCUUCCUGCCUGCUGUCCAAUCACUGAUGAUCCCCCCUCCUCCCCCCUACCCUCCCCCCCAUGCUCCUCCUCCUCACCCCUCCUCCUCUUCCUCCUCCUCUGCCUCUUCUUCACCUCGGCUCUGCUUACCUGCUCGCUUGGAACACCUUGAUCUAGAGCUUCCGGCCAUACCCUCUCCUUUCAUUAUGGAUGACAUGAGUGGUUUUGAUGACAUCAUGCCACCGCUCCCUCCCCCAGUGGACUACGACACCAGCGCCCCCCCACAGUACCUUGAGAAAGUGAUGGCGCUGUACAGCUAUGAGGCCUCCAAACCCGACGACCUCACCCUGGCAGAAGGCGACAUCAUCUACCUGACACAACGCCACGACAACGGCUGGUGCGAGGGGGUUCUCGGUGAAAACAACGGGUUCUUCCCUUCAAACUACGUCCAAUCAUGUGACUAGACUGAAGCCUCUCCAUCACUUCCUAAGUGGUUUUAUCGCUAAAUUUAUUAAUCAGUGUCCGAUUAUUCAGCUGCAAUGCUGCCCCCUGUGGUACAACACUGUAACUACAAGUACCUCAGAUUGGAAUAUUAUUUGGCCUAAAGAAAACAUGACAUUUCUUGUUGUAUGGCAACUUAUUGAAUAAGCAUUAAGAACAAAAUUAGCUAUUUUUUUUACUUUAAACUUUAAUUAAUUAAAUAUUAAAUUGAAUUAUGCAGAUUUAAUAUGAGCCUUUAGAAUAAGGUGAUAACAGAGCCACAUAUUCUCAGUUCUUUGUCCAACUUAAUGCACAAUGCUCUAUCUUAUUAUUGCCAACUGUCUGAAACAUUUAGGAGAUUAGUGGAACAACAGAACGUGUAUUUAUUAAUGAAUCUGUUCAAUCAGUGAUUUUUUAAAAGUUAAGGAAAAAAUCCCCAAUUUAUGAUUUUAGAUCCUCAGAUCCUUCAGGAACUGACUUUUAAAAAGCUGACAAAUAUUAGAAAACACAAACAAAAAAAUUAUGGGGAUCAAAAACAACAGCUUGUUUGAACUAGUUUUAUGUGUUGUACAAACUUUAUGGUAAAGUAAUAUCAAUGAAGCUGAGGUAAAAAAAAAAUGAAUAUAUAAAACAUGUGAGAAAAGAGAAAUAUCUGUAUAGUAUUUCUGUUGUCCAUAAACUAUUAGUUUUCAAAUAACUUAAGUUAAAAUGAUUUGAUUCAGACUUCAAUUUUAAUCUGUUAUUAUUUAAUUUAAAAAAUAAAGUUUUACAGUGGGUUUUUUUUCAUUGCAAAGUUUAACAAAUGGAGUUAGCAGAUGUUAAUAUUUAAUAUAAAGUUUGAUCAGAAGAGUUUCUGCUGUUUUUUGUGAUGGCCUUAUUCCACAACAGAUAACAUUCUUCUUGAGCAGUGGUUGUUCACUGCUUGUCAGUGCUGCCCCCUGCUGGCCACAAACACAAACUACAACGUCUAAUAUCAUGUUGAAAUUUUUGCCCAUCAUUCUCAUAUAUUUACAGUUUAUCACACAGUGUUAUAAAUUUAAUGAUAAUUCCUCUAGUGCUGCAUCAUGAUAAUCAUCAAACAUUUCAGUUACAGACUGUAACAUCAUUAUUGUGUCUUCAAAUGACGAAUAAAUGAAUCAGUCUUUGAAUAAAAGUUUGUUCCAUGGCUUGUUA